AAACCAUACCUAAGUAUGCGGUCAAAGAAUGCGCUAAAAUAAGCCAAAACACACACACACUCUAGGAUAAACCACAAUGGCGCAUACAUCUAGUACCGGCGUUGUGGUGCCACGAAAUUUCCGCUUACUGGAGGAGCUGGAUCAGGGCCAGAAGGGUGUAGGCGAUGGCACCAUAUCAUGGGGUUUGGAGAACGAUGAUGAUAUGACACUUACCUAUUGGAUUGGCAUGAUUAUCGGCCCCCCCAGAACACCAUUCGAGAAUCGAAUGUAUUCACUAAAGAUCGAGUGCGGCGAACGCUAUCCGGAUGAGCCACCAACGCUCAGGUUUUUAACGAAAGUUAAUAUAAAUUGCAUUAAUCAGAAUAAUGGUGUGGUUGAUCAUAGAUCAGUACCCAUGUUGUCCAGGUGGAGUCGGGAGUAUACCAUUAAAACGAUGCUUCAGGAAAUACGUAGGAUUAUGACCAUGAAAGAGAACUUGAAGUUGGCACAACCGCCAGAAGGUAGCUGUUUUUAGUUGGCAACAACGAUUAAAACAAAAUCAACAGCAACAAAAACAACCUACAACCACAACAGCAACAACAACAACAAACUGCAGCAGCAUCAACAACCACAACAGCAUUACACACAACUGCCACUGCAACAGAAACAGCAUCAAGAACAGCAACAGCUACAGUCGGCUGAUUGUGAAUGAGUGUUAAGAGGCGCGUGCCUGCCAUUGGUAAGUCGCCUCAGUCCUCCACAGAGUUGUGUGUAAUGUGAAAGAGAGACGGGAUAGAGAUAGAGAGAGAGAGAGGGGGGGCCGCCGUUAGAUAGGAGGAGCUAAGUAGCUGCAUUAUUGUUUUUGUUGUCUGCUGUACUUCUUGAAUGUGUGUGUGUGUUCAGCAGCAGCAAAAACUAAAGCAGAAUAUCUAUACUAUAAGUGUAAACAAGAGCAACUGCAGGAGAAGAACAGCCAGAGCAAACGUCACUAAUAUAUAAUAAAUGGUCGUCAUCCCUUCCGUCAUCGAUCGUCGUACGAAUGUCAUCAUGUUUGGUUACAAAACCCAUUCUUAACUAAGAAAUAAAACAACUCAAUGUAAAAGAAUGAUUAAGAAAGGAAAAACAACAAACACACACACCUACACCCUUGCUAAAGAAAAAAGGAGACAUUUAUAAUUUUACUCAACCAAUUUACAAAAAAAGAAAAAAAAAAAUCACAAAAAAAAAAAAAAAAACUUAAAAAGGAAAUCCGUAUAAGAUAAAAAAUUCAGCGAGUUAUGUUUUCGUUGCAUCGAAGAAGACGAAACGUAAUUAUUGUUUUGCAUAACUAAAAAAUUUAUUAAUUAUAUAUAUAUAUAUACAAAUUUAAGCGAAUUUUUUGUAGUAAAAACAAAAGCAAAAAAAAAAAAAUUAACCGAACCGAGGCGAUUGUAAUAAUUUAAUUAGUUUUCCUUCUUCAAAUGGGACGUGAGACACGAUUUAUAUCCUCGAAACAUUGCGGUAAAUAUAUAAAAUACAAACUUUUAAAACAAACAAAUAAACACACACACACACAUCUAUACACACUAAACUGAUGAAGAAGUCGAACGGGCAGAACGAUGAAAAA